AACCUGGCCUCCCUUUGUCCCCCAUGCAGCCAUUUCAUAUCUGACAUAUCCACAGUCCACCACACCACAGGCCUGGCUUCAUACUGAUACGUGCCAUGGCACAGAGGCACCAGGGUGGUGGGCUGAGAAAUGGGGAAUAAGCAGACGAUCUUCACGGCGCAGCAGCUUGAUGCGUAUCAGGACUGCACAUUCUUCACAAGGAAGGAAAUUCUAAGACUAUUCGACCGUUAUCGAGACUUGGCACCACAGCUCGUUCCUCUCGACUACACAGACCAGCCAGAUGUGAGGCUACCAUACGAGCUCAUUGGCAGCAUGCCAGAACUGAAGGACAACCCGUUCCGCCAGAGGAUCGCUGAGGUUUUCUCGGAGGACGGAGAGGGAAACAUGACCCUGGAUGACUUCCUGGAUAUGUUCUCCGUGCUGAGUGAGAUGGCUCCACGAGAUCUGAAAGCCUACUAUGCAUUUAAAAUCUACGACUUCAACAAUGAUGACUUCCUGUGUAAGUCUGACCUGGAGAAGACGCUGAACAAGCUGACGCGGAAUGAGCUAACGGAGGAUGAGGUCCGGAUGGUAUGUGAGAAGGUGAUCGACGAGGCCGACCUGGACAACGAUGGACGUCUCUCACUGGAGGACUUCCAGCACAUGAUCGUCCGUGCUCCAGACUUCCUCAGCACCUUCCAUAUAAGGAUAUGAAGACUAAAGAGAUGCCAUGGACACUACCACCAUGGAUCCAAACAUUUUCUCUACCAAAGAUGUUAUAGGGACCUUUAAAGUGUGCACUAUGCAGGCUUAGGCUAGUUGUUUUUUACUUUGAUGUAGGCCGGAGACAGCCCACUGACCUGUUGACAGCUGAAUAGUCUAUUAUUAUAGAGCUAUUGUAGCUAUCAGGACAGGGCUCAUUAGCUAUGACGGCCAACAGUUGAUUAGUAUUCUCUUCUAUGAAGGCUCAGUUACACCAGGCUUUAAAAUAAACAUCUUCCCCCAUAUUCCACUGAACCAUGGAGGGGCAGUGGAGGGUGAGGCAUCUGUGUCAUGUAUAAAUUAACGCUCCAUUAUAAAAUCAUGGGUUCAGCUAACAGUCAAUUGUGCUUAAUCAUUCUGGAUACAUUCAUACAAUGUCAUUUAAAGAGUCAAUCUGAGGGUGAAACAACAACAAAGCAGCCCAACUCUUCUUUGGUAAACAGCUGAGGGAGGCGGCUGGAGAAAUGUAACCACUCUCAAAUUCAUAGAUGAAGCUCUGGAUGCGAGGACCGACCAUCCAUGAGAUCAAAAUGAUAGUUUCAAGCUAUACCGUGUAUGUUUACAAUUAUAUUGUUUACAUUUUUUUGUUUUUUGUAAAACAAGCUUGUAUUUGGGGUUCUGAUGGGGGUAAGACAGUCAAACUAAGCUCAUGAGGAAUGUAUACGUUUAUUCUUCAGGAAUCAGUGACUAUAUAUUAAGAUUAAAGUCCAAAAAUGUAUGUACCAAUUCCAGACUGCCCCUUUGAAGAAAAGAAAUGAUGACUCACAGCUCUUUAAAAUUAUUGUAUUUUAUUCAAUCAAAGUGCAGAUAUCUACAAAAACUGUAGAUCAAUUUCAAUAUGAUUGUAUUAAGUAUAGUACAAUUACAGUAGAUCUCUUCUCUCUUUUGAAUGUGAUAUAUUAAAAACAGCAUUUUAUAUUUUCUUAAAAUGUCAUUUCUUUCUCAUGGUGUACCUCACAAUCGACAAUGGAAUACAGAUGUGGUCAUAAAAAAAAGCAAUGUAAGUGAUAUGCAUUUAGGGGGGUGAACUCUGACUUUUCCUAAACCUACAUUUCCACUUAGUCAUGCAUUGGUGUCAAGCGGAAGUUCGCCACGUACUGACAGAGAGAACAAGGAGAGAUGGAUAACACAUUUUAGAGGUCGUUUUGACAGAAAAUGUUUGGACUAAAAUGACACACACCUGUCUUUUUCUACACUGUUGUAAAGAUGUCAAGCUAUCAAAAUAAAAAAGAUAAAAGUAGUCUCCUUUGUGCUCACCUCUACCUGAAUUGGUAUCUCGAACCCACAACCCUAGCACUACAAGUACCAUGCAUGCUCUACUAACUGAGACACAU